AGAAAAUAAACUUCAUAAGCCGACGUCUUUUUUCAGAUUCAACGAUAUCAAGUCUGUGGCUCUUGCUUUAAUUCUACCUUGGUAUCGACGGGAAAAAGAAAAGUAAUGAUCGGUUUCUUGCAAGUUCUCGCUCUUGUUUCGUUGUUUGUCGGUUUAUUUCAGCCGAUAAAAGCUAGGUCGUGCGAGAUAUCUAGUGGUGAACGCUUUGAGUGUGGUAAUAACGUGAAGAAAGAGGAAAAAUGUCCAAGAAUAUGCUGCUUCGACCAAACAGCUUAUCCCUCAUGUUAUUUUAAAAAAAAAGAUUAUGGUCCAAUUCAGCAUGCUAAUGGACUUUGCAUCAACUUGCAAGAUUUUCGCGGUGGCCUCAUUUGGUCACGUGACUGCACUUCGAGAAAUGCUUUCUUCCUAGUAUCAAAUGACUAUCCGCCACAACACGUGGCAACUGGGAAAUGUGUUUUACCCACUAGUAAAUGGCGAUCGAGUCUUUCUGAUCCUGGUGAUAAUAAUCUCAUGAUAGCAAAUCCUCUCCAUUAUUGUGCUCAAAAGAUAGGAAGAUACCUACCAACUGAGAAUGGAAAUUUGAAGUUCUAUUAUAAUGAGGAACCAUACGACAUAUGCUUAGUGCAAGAAAGAAUGUUUUAUGAGUUCGGAAAAAUGAGCAUUCAUUGCAAGAAAGAAUGCUCUAGCUCAAAGAUCGAAGUACUAUCAGCAGAAUAUGGUAUUUUGAUGAGUGGACGACCAUACAGAAUAGCCUCAGCAGAGAAAGACUGCUUAUCAACAUCAGUGUUCAAUGUUGUGCAAAAACGCUGCAAUGGAAAGAGCCAAUGCUCUUUCAAAGUUGAAAAAAAGGCAUUCUUAUCUCAACCAUCCCGCUGCAGCAAAACACCAACUCUACUUGUGUACUUCACUUGCACCACGGGCAUGCCAGUAUCAGUGUUUUCAGACACCUUUCAAUCAAGUGGAAGGAAAUCAUCAACUACCUUCGAUGUUUAUAUUGGUGGCCUUCAGAAGGAUGACGCAUACAUUCAAAUAAUUGUUUCAAGGCUUGCAACUAGUAACAAACCGGAUAGCUAUCCAAGUGAAAACCUUAAAGCUUACGAAGCAAAUGCUUCCACUAAGCAACAUACAUACAUUGCGGCUGAGUUCGAUGUCGAAACUUUUAAAAGCAACCUUUUUACCAUUGGAGACGGAAAAACUUACAGUCGCUCGGCUAUAGGGAAAGCAAGAUCUGUUUUGUACGAAAAUGCUGAGCUUCAUCCGGAUACAUUUUAUUCUGUUUUUCAAAGAAGAUUCAGGAAUAAUGGUUCGCAUUACAACUUUUAUUGGAUAGACGUGAUAAAGACCGAAAAAUAUUUCCACGGUAAAACAACUAGGCAAGCUGAUAUCAAGAAUAAUGUUGUGAAGUCAACUUUUAAAGGAAUCAAAAGUACAUGGUCUUGGUGGUAUUGGUAUUUGAUUUUAGCAACAUUGAUCGUGGGAAUUUUUACUGGAAUUUUUCUUACUUCCUUUUUCGUCGUUCGCUUUCGUCAACGACGGUUAAGUAAAAAAAUGCAGAAGCAACAAUCCUCAAACGAAGAAAACAAGAGCAGGAGGAAUACAAACUCUAUAGAAUACUUGGAACCAUCAAACAACGAUAAUGGAGAACAUUAUCAAACGUUCAUGCGAUGUCAUGGCGCAAAUGAAGCAACUUAUGAAGAAGUGGACUUAACAAUGAUGAAAAACGGAGAAAGUUACGAAUCAAUGACAGAAAAUAAUGGCAUCUUUGAUGAAACCUAUCAAGGACUGGAAGCUUCAGAUAUGAGCAAAGAAAGUCAUUACCAGUCAUUAAUGGUGGAAGUAAGGAAUGAAGACAUGAAGAAGGAACCCAGUUAUGAAGAAAUGCUUAGACUUCGUUCUUAUGUGAACAUUCAACAUGUCGAGAAUGGUUUAGUCAGUAAUGUUUAGUAUACUUCCUUUCCUCUUCUUUACGUUAUUCCUUUCUACUUUUCAAUUUUUAAAACUUUAGUGAAAAUAAAAACACUAAAGUUUCUUAAUGAACAUUAUUUAACUAUUGCUAUUGAUGAUCCUCUGACCAUACAUGUAGGUUUUUUUCUGCUUUGCAUGUUUCUUGCAGACGUUGACAUGUUGUUUGAAGCUAAUUUGGUUUAUAUAUAAUAUAGAUAUAUACAUAGCACUCCGUUUAAUAAGAAGUAUUUUUAACAGAAUGUGAAGUAUAGAUAUGUUAUUUACCGGCUGUGAGAUCCUUACGGAAAAAAUAUUUUUACAAGGUCUGAAAAUCGAAACGAGGCAGAAGAUAGUGUCAAAUGUUGUCAUUUGUUGACAAUACUGGGCGUUAAAGAUUGUUGAUUAUUUAUUUUAAAUUGAACAGCCUAGACUUUAUGUCAGCAAUAUAGAAAAGCAUUUUUAUUACUUUAGCAAAACUCGGUAUGAGCAAUCUUUUUUUAUCAUUGAAUAAUCAUAUUCUUUUAAAGUGUUGGUGCAAAGAA